AUGAACCACGAUUUAGAAGACAACACUUUCCAAACUAUGGAACAAACAGAUUCUACGAUCAAUAAUCUCACAAAUCCUGCUAUUAAAAAAGAUCAAAUAUUAGAACGACUUAAUAAACGCAAUAAAGAACGUCAAAACUAUCUAGAUGUUAAACUGGAACAGCGACACAAGGACAGUUCUGAAUUAGAGGGAGCAGAUUAUUUCAAACAAACCUUCGCUGAUAAAGUGCGUGAAAUAGAAUUGCGAAUUAAAAAUGUAACCGAAGCUACAGCCAAAAAAUCUGCCGGUGAUGGUCCCACUAUAGACCUGGCGCGAUACUUUGCCGACAUCACUAUAGAGAUCCAAGAAUUACAGAAAUAUUUAACUAAUUCCACAACAUUUCUCACGGAAUACAAAAUAAAGUCAUGUCAAAAAAUCGUAAACGAUCUUUUGGCCACUUGCGAAGAGACAAGAGUACGUUUAAUGCCCAAAAAGAAAUUUGGUUUUAGUGGCCGCAAAGUAACACCUAAGCCAGCCUUGAAUCCCAAACUAUCGUUAAAUGACAAACUUGACUCUUCGGAAAAACUGCAGACUACAGCCUCCAGUCAAAGUGUGGUCAACUGGACUCUGUCCAAUCUUAAAAACGAAUACAUAUGCCUAAAAGAAGAACAAGUCAAUGGCAAAGAUAUUACUAUAUCCAAUUUAAAGAAUUGUUUCGUGGAACUGCAGGGGCCAGCCGGUUCGGUACAAAUAUCAAAUUGUCAAGACUGCACAUUUUUAUGCGGUCCCAUAGCUCGAUCUCUAUUUGCUGAAUACUGCAAUAACUGCGCUCUUAAUGUGGCCUGUCAACAAUUAAGAUUCCAUUCAUCGACAAAGUGUCGCAUUUAUUUGCACGUUACCUGCCGCGGCAUCAUAGAGGACUGUAAGGAAAUCGAAAUAGCUCCCUAUAACUAUGAAUAUGCCCAUAUUGAAGACGACUUUAAAUUGGCCGGUCUUAAUAAAGAGCAGAACAACUACACUGACGUUGCUGAUUUCAAUUGGCUGUCGCCUGAUGUACCUUCGCCCAAUUGGCAUUUGAUUAAGGACUGUCCCUCAGUCAACUGGCAGGAUGUUAGAAAUGAAUGGAAAAUACGUUACAUAGACAAUGCCUCCUUAUAGUCCAGAGAAUGGUGGUUUCAUCUAUUGUGGAUCUUCUUAGCUGUAAUCAUUUUCAUAAUAAUCAUCCCGAACAAACACGCUAUAAGCAAUGAAAUUUUAAAUUUCAUAUUUAAAUUGAAAAACCUUUAUAAGUUUGUUGGUUUUAAAUGGUCGUAUUUAGUGACAUUUAUCAACUCUAAUUUCCAGCAAUUUAAAGAAAAGACUUGAAUUUAAAUUAAAUCCCUCAUUAAGAAUUGUAUAGAAAAAUUAAAAUUGCAAACAAAAAACAUAUAUAUAAAGUGAUUAUAGAUUUCUUUUCUUUAAUUAUUAUCUAUGGGAAAUUAUGAUCACAUUAAUUAACUAUAAAUCUUAGAUUUUUAGUAACAUCAAUGUGUAUUAAAAAGUUUGAAAGUUUGUUUGUCAUUUAAUUAACAAUAAUAAAAUUGUAAUCCAGUUUGUACGCAUAAUUAAUAAAGAAAUUAAUAAAAAAUAAUAACUUUCAAAAACAA